AUGACGAGAAAAGCCAUGAAAAGCCUUUGCUGCGUCGCCAAAACGCCGCCGAAUCAUCCACCUCUUCUUACGUUAACGCCUCGCCAGAGUUUGGAAUCGGCGGCUAUCUACGGGAUCAUUGAAUCUGCGGCGGACAUAAUCGAGAGGUGGAACACAGAGACCUCCACUUUCGCCAAAGUCACUUCUAUGUUCUACGAGAGCAAGGCAGAAGCCAUGGUGUUCAUCGAUCGAGUGAAGGAUCUGCAGAAGACGAUGGAUCAGCUGGUGAGUGAGGAUCCGAACUCGGAGAGACUCGUGAGAGCCCAGAAACUGAUGCAGAUCGCGAUGAAGAGGCUUCAGAAGGAGUUUUACCAGAUCCUCUCCAUGAAUCGUGCUUAUCUAGAUCCAGAAUCCGUCUCUACUCGAUCUUCUCUUACCUCAGCGAGAUCUAGCUACUCCGAUUUUCCCGAAGAUGACGACUCACACAACGCCGGUGAUUCAGUCGUCGAAGUCGAAGAGGUUUCUUCCACCGUCGCGAACGAUUUGAGAUCCAUCGCUGAGUGCAUGAUCGCUUCUGGUUACGCGAAAGAGUGUUCGAGCAUAUAUAAAAGCAUCAGAAAAUCGAUCAUCGACGAAGGGAUUUACCGUCUGGAAGUGGAGAGAACGAGUACGGCUAAGGCGAAGAAAAUGUCAUGGGAGACGAUCGAGUUGAAGAUCAGAAGUUGGUUAGAGGCAGUGAAAGUUUCCAUGGAGACUCUCUUCAAGGGGGAGAAGAUUCUGUGUGAUCACGUCUUCGAAUCCUCUGAUGCGAUCAGAGAGUCUUGCUUCAGCGAAAUCUCGCGAGAAGGAGGACUUCUUCUGUUUGGAUUUCCCGAAAUCAUUGCUAGCAAAAUCAGCAAGAAGAAUUCUCCACCGGAGAAAAUUUGCCGGCUGCUUGACAUGUACAGCGCGAUCGCCGGGAACUGGCGAGCGGUCGAAUCUAUCUUCUCGUUUGAUUCAAGCUCCGUCGUUCGAUCUCAAGCACUUAAAUCCUUGAUCUCUCUUAGCGAAUCGAUUCGAUCACUACUUGCGGAUUUUGAAUCCGGAAUCCAAAAGGACUCGUCGAAGGUGGUGGUACCGGGCGGAGGAGUGCAUCCACUGACGAAAUCCGUCAUGAGUCAUCUCUCUCUCCUCGCCGACUACAAUAACGUACUCGUCGAUAUCCUCGCCGGAUCUCCGCCACCGGACAGAUCCCUGCUUCCUGAGUCUUACUUAAACGUCUCGGAUUCCGACGACUCACCUUCGUCGGAGCUAACGAUCCGAUUCGCGUGGCUCAUCCUCGUCCUCCUCUGCAAAAUCGAUCGUAAAGCAAAUUACUACAAGGAUUGCUCCGUGCAGUAUCUCUUCCUAACCAACAAUCUCCACCACGUGGUGUCACGCGCUCGCUCCUCAAACCUGAAGCAACUCCUCGGCGACGACUGGGUCAAUAAGCAUUUCGCUAAGAUGAAGCAAUUCGCCGACAGCUAUAAGCGACUUGCGUGGGGCCCAGUGGUAGCGUCUUUACCUGAGAAUCGUACGGCGGAGAUGUCGCCGGAGGAAGUGAAGGAGCGGUUUGAAAAUUUCAGUGAGUGCUUCGAGAGGGCAAUCGAUAAACAACGCGCCUGCGCCGUACCUGAUGCAGAGCUACGUGAGGAGAUAAAACUAUCGAUAGCGAGAAAGCUGGUGCCAGUUUAUCGCGAGUUUUACAACACGAGAAGAUCUAUUAUCUUGGCGGGAGCCGGUGGCGCGAGAAACUUGAGCUCGGUUGUCCGAUUUACCCCCGAAGAAAUUGAAAACCGUUUGUCUAAUUUGUUCUCAGGGGAGGGUACUUCGGGGAAUUCAUCUGUUUCUUCUCCUUCGUCAUGUCGGUCACGGCUACCCUCAUCCUAA